AUGGAGAAGGGAAAGCUUCUCAAUAUUUUGGAAAGGGAGCUGAAGGCGUACGGAGAUGAAGAGAUGCUGGCGCUGUACCACCAGUUUUACAAGUCCGCGGAAGCAAACGAAAGGGACGUUGCGGAAAAGGCCUUCACCGAGCUGAUUCAGCAGAUGAAGAACUUCUUCAUCAUUUACGAUAAGCGGAGCAAGGGAGACCUCAUCGAAAAGGUGAAGAACUCGUUCAAGGAGGAGAGCAACGAAGUUAACAUAAUAGAUGUGCAGCGGGGAGAGGGCGGCGAAGAGGAUGGCUCGGGGGAGGGCCACGCAGGUGAAGAGAAGCACACAAGUGAGGCGAAUUACCCAAAUGGGGGGAGUUACUCAAAUGGGGGGAGCUACUCACAUGGGGGGAGUUACUCACAUGAGGAGAGCUACUCAAAUGGGGAGAGCUACUCAAAUGAGGAGAGCCACACAGAUGACAGCACCAUGGAUGAGAGUAACCACUCGGGGGGGAAAAACCGCAGCGCAGAGGCGAACCUGCCCAACUUCAGAAACCACCCCUCGUUUGUAAAUUCCAAUCUGUUCGAAAAUGUGAACUUGGAGGAAGGGCAGUGCGAAGUGGACAUUUUCGAGCUGUACAAAAUGGGCCUAAAAAUAAUAGCCCAGGAGGAGGAGGAAGAGGAGCAGCAGAGGCAGAAGCAGACGCGGCAGCAGGGGGCGAAGAACAUAAAUGAACCCCGUUUUUUUGACACCUUCCAAUACUUCCUAAACCUGCUGUGCCUGUUGUACUUUUUAAAAAAUGUGUACUUUGACCUGAACUACAAGACGAAUGAAAAUUCCUACUCGUUUCUUUUCAAAGGAUUUGAAGAGAGAAAGAACAAGGUGAUCAAUUAUUUUUCUUUUUUAAAAAAAAUACGACUAGAUAAAUUGCUGGACAAUGAAGUGGUAAAAAUAUUUUGCAACUUCUUUCAGUAUACGUAUAUUAAUGAAUAUUUAAUUCGGAACAUAUUCGACACCUCCAUGAAUGCCUUUCUCUUCACCGCUGUGGUGAAUUUUAAGAAUAAUUAUGUAGUGCCUGUGUGUAGCGGGGAGGGCGUCAACAUGGGCACGGAUUUGAGCAAAGGUGGGGUGAUGACUUCAGAUGGGAUACUACUCAACGUCAGUGGGGUAAACACCUCGGCUGUAAACAACUCUACCACAAAUUUUCCUACAUUGAAUGGGAACAAAAUGAGUGGGGAAUGCCCCCCAAGUGAACCCAGUGCGGACCAAAGCAACAGGGACGCGGCCAUCCCACUGGAAGGAGAAAUGAAAGAGUGCAGCACGAAUGGACCCAAACAGGACAAUUACGCAAAAGAGGACCCAACGAAUAAGAGGAACCAGGAAGAUUAUCUAAACAAAGAAUUGAACAACUUUUUUAUAUCAAAUAAUACCUUUCCCAAGGGAAGUAAAAACUCCUUUGUAGAAAUUAUUUGCCAAAAUGAAGCUCACCAUGAUAUUUACGCAGACGAAACUAUCAAUGCUCUAUUUUACUUUUUUAAUAACCCCUAUUUGAUUUUCUCCUUCCAUAAAAAUGUGUUAUAUUAUAUUGAAAAAAAAAGCAAAGAUAAGGACUUUUUUUACACACACAAAAAUGCCCAUGCGCUGAUUAAAUAUUUGAACUAUUGUGUAACCACCAUAUCGAAAAUUUUCCACAUCUUCAUCAGCGCUGGAUUGUUUUUUAAUCAUCACAUUUUUGAGCAGGAAAGGAAUAAAUAUUUAAAUUUUUGUAAAUUGCUCAACUUUGAUAGUGCUUCUUUGGACCAGGGGGGUGAUGAUCCCGGUGAGGGGGUUCGGGCCAAGUGCAGUGGAAGCAGGAGGGGCUCUUCUAGCUCGGCUGACGACCGGGGGAGGAACAGAAGACGGGGGAGCUUCUCCUCGGAGAGCGGCAACAGCAAUACACUUCGGGAUAGCGGCUCUGAUGUGGGGUCCACGGACAGGAGCGCCGGGAGGAGGCAUGGAAGCGAGGAUAGAAGCGGGGAUAGAAGCGGGGAUAGAAACAGGCACAGAAGCAGACGUAGAAGCAGUCGUAGCAGGGCCAGUGCUGCGUCCUCGGCCACCGCGGCGAGCGCGACGGACACGAGGGGCGAGGCGAACCUACAAGACUUCAACAUUGUGAAAUAUUUGAUGAAGUACAAAAGCGUGGUGGGAAACUUCUGCCAAGACGACUUCAACCGCAAGGACAGCUUGGACAGCGACGGGGAGAUGAAGGAUGUGCUGGAGGCGGCCACAAAUGAGGAGGGGCCCAGGCGUGGCAUGCGCGCCGGCGCAGAAGGCAGAACGGAAGGGAGAACCCCCCGUAGAAGAAGCUACAGCGGGGGCAGUCUCAGCGAAAGUCGAAGUGGUAGAAGUGGUAGAAGUUCCACCAGUGGGGGGGAGAGCAAAUACCAGGAGAGCCGAUACCAGGAGAGCGACAAUCUGGGGAGCAGUGACCGUGUGCAGAGCGAUUCGGGGGGUAGCAGCCAAAGCGGGGUCAGUAGCCGGGGAAACCUCCCCAGCAGCGAUGACCAACGUAGUGAUAGCCAACGUAGUGACAGCCAACGUAGUGACAGCCAACGUAGUGAUGGUCAACCCAAACGGGGAAGGAAAAAAUCAAAUUGCAAAGGAUCGCCAAACCGAUUCAUCACGAAGGAUGGCAUAUACCAACAGGAGUACACGAACAAGAAUAUCUUUAAUGACAUUUUGAGGAAAGCCAAAAAAAAAAAAAAAUUCUACCAAGUUAUAAGCAACAUUAAUAAGCUGAAAAAUGCAUUCGACGUUAAUAAGAUAAAUAAAAACAAAAUGAUCAAUUUGAAUUAUGUAGAACACGUAGACACCAUAUCGUAUUUCAUCAGUGUGUAUAACUCGGAUAACAUAUUUCAGUUUGAUUAUUAUUUUUUAAAAUUUAUUACCGAGAUAACUACUACGUAUAAUAGCUAUAUGAAGGCCUAUUUAAUCCCCCCGCAGAGCAGCGUAAAGUAUAGGAAAGACGAAUUGGAGAAGGUAACUAGCCAAAUGGAACAUUUCCUAAAGGAAGUUACGAAGCUGAUUUACGUCUACACGUGGUGCAUUCUGCACAUAUUUGGACACUCGUACUCCUAUGUGAAGUACGCAAAAUAUUUUUACCAGAAGAAGUCCUUCUUCCUUUUGGAGAACAAGAAGCAGUGGUUGUUUAAAAACUUCGGCUAUUUUGCGGGCGAGGCGGGGGCCCCCUGCCAGCAGAGCGGCGACGCUGGGGAGAAGCGCGACAGUUUGGGGAGUGGCUACAUGGGGAGUGGCAAUAUGGGGAGCGGCAACAUGGGGAGCAACGCCAACAUGGAUGACCCCCCCCGCGAGGACCUCCACUUCAACCACUUCUUCACCCCGCACCACGUGGUGGAAAACCUCAAGUACAACUACGAGCUGAAGAAGAACGCCGACCAGUUUGACAAUUUCAAUUUUGCCGAGCUGAUUCGGACCUACAAAAGCUCCUACUUCCAGAACAUAGUGGAUAAGCUGCACCUAAAUUUGAAGUUCAUCGAAAACAUCCACUUCACGCUCAACAACGCGCUGAAGAGCAAAAAAAAAAAAAAAAAAAAAUUCCUCCACUACCUCUGUGUAAAGGACCAGAAGCUGGAAGACAUAUGUAACUCCAUAGAAAAUUUAAAAAGAAAUAUAAGCAAAUACAAGAGGACCUUUCACUACUGCUUAAAUUUUAACAACGUAAAAAAUGUCAUCGUCCUCACGUUGGAGGAAAUGAGUAUGAAUGCGGAUAAAUUGGAAUUGAAUAAAAUGCUCAAUGAGUACCUUAACAAGUUGGAAAGUCGGGGACAAAUAAAGAAAAGGCAAAAAAAAAUCAACGUAAAAAUUAUUGACAAUAAUAUCGUUUUGGAUACCAAUCCUAGGAAGAAGAGAAGAAGACACGAGGGGGGGAGAAGUUACAGAAAGGAUAAUUCAAAUGAUGUUAUGGGCAAAAAAGAGGGGAAGAAAAAUAGGAAAAAUUCCAGUGAUCGGAAUAGCAGCAUUUCGAGUUCGUUUCUCCAAAUCCCAAAUGGAAGGAGCUCCAGGGCGAAAGAAACGGCUAUGAGUCCGAAUGAGACCCACAUCGAGAGCAACGCUGUGGUAGGGAAGACCCAUCGGAAGGAUGAUAACGACUUGAACGUUUUUACCGACAAUGAGAGUUGCUACGACGGGGGGGGACUGAAUCAAAGUUACACCAAGAGCGACUACAGCUCGAGGCGCGCCAGUAAUGAGAAUCACCGUGGGAGAAGUGCGCACAGGGCGGGCGGCCGCUCCGCGAGGGACGCCGCGCGCCAAAGGGGGAGCAGGAGCCCCUACUACGACAGCACCAUCAGCACGAGUAGCACGAGUAGCGUGAGCAGCGUGAGUAGCAGCGGGAGAAGUGUGCGAAGCGGGCGAAGUGGCCGUAACAGCUACCUACAUGGUGAUCGCGGGGGGCGCAGAAGAGCCGCGCGGCGAGCCGAUAAGGGAACGGCGCCGCGGGGAGAGAACCAGGCGGGGGAAAACGUCCUGCUGACGAACGAGCACAACACGGAGAGACUAGUUUUCUUUUUCAAUUUGUUAAACGGAAAUAAUUUAUUCUACUACCUAGCACUGCACUAUUUAGUAAAAAGUGAAAAGAUCAUGGACAUCCUGCAUUUCUUCCCUCUGAAGUACCUCCUGGAUUUGCUCAUCCUGUACGAUUUGAAGGACUAUAUAAAAUUCAAAACGAUUAUCAGGGUGUUUCGAAUUAUUUAUGAGUUUAAAGAUUUUUCCCCCACCGUGCGGAACCAUCUGUUUUUUAACCGAAACAAUUACUAUCUGGACAACGCGGAUUUUAUGAACUUCGAUUUUGUGUGUAAGUUUCUCACCAUCAGUAGGAAGGACCUCUUGGCGAAGAGGCAGAGCGGCAGUGGUGGCACCUUCAGGGGGGAUAGCUACGGGGGUAUAUUCCUGCCGCCCAGUGUGGUGAAUGCGAAUCGAAGGAGGAAUUACGCCCACGGAGAGGGCGGGGAGUAUUCCCUUUCCGAUGGGGAGAGGACACACCAGGGGAGAUCACUCAGGAGAGGGGGAAGCGAAGGGGAAAGCGGAUUGAACACAAGAGUGCACCCAAGAAGUGUCCGCGACAACCUCCUGCACUGCGUGAGGAGCGCCUUCUCCGUCCUGAGCCUGAGGAACACGGUUAGAAGCUUUCCAACUUUGGUGAAAAAUUUGCUAAACAGAAUUUUAAUAAGCCUAAUAGGGAAAUACAGCUACCUGAGCAACGACCCAAAUGGGAAGGAGCAUAAAAGCAUAACGUACUACGCCCUCCGAUUUAUUUUCAACAAUUUGAAGAACGUAACGCUGGGGUAUAGCAAGUCCUCCUUCUUCAGCUACAGCAUUAGUGACCCAACAGAACUGUAUAACAUGAGCAUCCAUAAUUUUAUCCUCUACCAUAUCUACGACUUGGCUGUGCGGACGAAGGAACUCACCAUCAAAAGCUCCUGCUUCAAAUUGUUGAAAUAUCUGCUGACGGAAUAUUAUUACUACCCAGACGUUUUCAACGAAAAGGCACAUGAAUUAAUUAACUCAGAUAUCAAACUGAACAAUCUGUUUGUAAAAAAUGUCAUCCUCGAUUUUGUCUCCUUCAACAUUAUGAUUUGUCACCUCCAGAAAGAACUAACAUCAGAUGUUAACGUGUUGAAUCAUUUAGACCUUUUUAAUUACUCUAUUAAAUCCAUUGCCAAUUAUUUAAUUGGGUACAAAAAUAAUUCCAUUUUUUUCCUCAUGGAUAAGAAGAUGGUGAAGUCGCUACUCAUCAAGUUAACCUUCAUGAUGCCAUUUAUUUACAAAUUAAAAAUCCCUGCAUGUGUUGUUAGACUAUACAUUCGAGUUAUAAAAUCGCUCGACAAGGAUAUCCUCGAUAUGAUUCACAAUUUAAAUAAAAUCGAUUUGAUAUACGAUAGCUUGUUCUAUAUUAUCAUACGGCAUUUCAUUUACUUCUUUUUAAAUAUGAACAUUGAGUUAGAUGAGGAGGCCUCCAACAUUUUGUCCUCCUCUUAUAGGGGCAAGAGCGGCUUGUCCAAGGGUUCCUGGCACGGCGGUAGCCACAUUAGGGUAACCAACGAGGGGGAGCAAUCAGUCGGUGGCCAGCCAAACGAGAAGAAGAGCGACGGGGGGGACUUUUUCGACAAUUUGGACGAAGAAGAUGGGGGGAAGCAGUACACCGCCACGGGGGAGUCACCCCAGGGGAGUAGGAGGUACCUCACCGUGGAGGACGCCUACGUUGAACAGGUGCAGCAAGAGCAGCAGCAGGAGGAGCGGCACUCGAGCGACAGCGAGGGGGAGGUCGACCACUCGGGGGGCUCUGACGCCUCCGCUGGGGUUAGCAGCGUUAGCGGUGAGCAUAGCGGCGAGCAUAGCGGUGAUGAUAGCGGUGGACAUAGCGGCGAUCAUAGCGGUGAUGAUAGCGGCGACCAUAGUGAUGACCAUAGCGAUGGGGAAGACCGCGGAAGCGCGCUGCACUGCGCCGCUGAAGGGAUGGAAAACCCAGCCAACGAAAACAGCAUGUCAGAUGUCCAGUACCUCCGGAAAAUCAUAAGCGAAAACGGAAGCUUCAACUUGGAAAAUAACUACUUUGUGAAUUACUCCCUGUACAUCCUUCAUAAGGAGCACUAUUCUAUAUACGUUUUUUUCUCCUCCUUUUUUAAAAACGUGCUCAAGGAGUACAGGGAGAUAUCGCGUGGGCACACGUGA